GAGUUUAGCUUUCUUAACUAGAUUGAUGAAUAAACAAAACAGUUGAGUGUAUAUUGUACUGGGUAAUAUACAAGUUUCAUACAUAAGGAAAUAAUAGAUUUAUUAGUAAUAUAAGAUGAGGUAAUUUAGCCAGUAGUGCAGCUUUACUUAUGGAAAGACCAAGUAUGUAAACGGAUGUUUUAGCGUGUAAGACUCUGUAGUGUAAUUGGUUCAGACUCUAAGAUGCUUCUUAUAUACAUAUGCUUGAAAAGGUUCAUAGAAUUAGAUUUGGUUUGUAAUAGUUUAUCAAUUUAUCAUAGCAUGAGCGGGCAAUGUUGACAGAUUUAAAUAGAACAGGCGUAAUGGAAUAGGUGAUUUCGUUCACAUAUUGAUUAAACAGUCUGACCCUUUUGAUUUUAUUAUCUACAUGUUUAAAACAGGUUCAGAAUGUACGAAAACAGACCUACAAAUGCCAAGCAGUUAUGCAACAAAAUAUUCAAAUUUCCCAAAUAAGUAAACACAAAUCAGGAAGUAGGUAUUAUUAUUAUCACCCAGUCUAUAUACCACAUAUAAGUAGCAGACAACACAAUCAGAAAUCAAUAUAUUAGAUUCUAUAUGUGGGUGAGGUCUAGGGGCUUGUGAUUUAGACCUGAGUUGGCACAUGACUCGAGGAAAUCAAUAGAUUUAUGGUUUCUGUUUACAAAGCACACAGGGGUCUUAUUGUAAGCUUAAUAAAUGGCAGAUUGUAUCCAAGGCUUGUGGUCAAUAACAGUAUUAAAAUCAUGUUACCAAUAUACACAAUGUAUUAGCACAAUGUAGUGAAAGUGUAUGUUGGUGCCUAUAUCAGCAGUUUCAUAAAUUCAGCUCUUGAUAGGUCUUGAUAGGUCUUGAUAGGUCUUGAAAACAGUAAGUUUAGCUAAGCCUAAUUAACAUUAUAGAAUUAACUAAAAUGUUUGAAAAUACUUCGGGAGUUCAAUAUUUUAGAUCUAACUCAGGUUUUUACUUAAAGUGGUAAACAUAUAUAUAAAGGUUUUCCAGCAAGAGUGCAAGACACAGUAAAACAGUUCCUGGAUAGCAAAUUCCCUGUCUUAUUCAUUUAUAUCUAUCAAACCUUUGAUUUACUAACAUAAAUUUAAAAAACAAACACGAAUCCAUUUUUGAAAAUACCUUAAAAGGCAGUGUGUCUAACCCAUGUAUUUUUCUUACAUAGGUUCUGAUUCAGCUGUUUAAACUUAAAUUCAAUAGUGUUUUAUCAAAGACAUGUUAAAAAAUGUCUGGGACCACAAACUACGAAAGAAGGUCAAGAUCACGGACAUAUACGUCAGGUAACCUCCCAGAAAUGCCCGAUCAAGGCGAGCUACGACGCUCCCAUACCACAAAGCAAGCAAACUAUGAGAAUGUUGCAAUAGAAAAAAGGUACAAUUCAACAAACACAAGCAAAGAGAAUAUACCAAAGAUACCACCAAAGAAAAACAGGCAUGCAAGAAAUCCGAGCGACAAUUUGCUCUAUAAAGCAACUUCUUUUGACACAAAUCAACACUUUGACGAAAGUGAAGAAGGUCUUUAUAUAUCUCAUGAUGAAAUUGAUUCAUUCCCCACCCCCUCUUUAACAAGAGGCAUGAGUGAAGAUGUGGCAAGAGUGAAACAAAAGCGUUCAAAUAUUGCACACAGGGACCAAAGGUGCACGGUGCAAAUACCAGGGACACGCAGAGUACAACAACAUCGUUUACCACCUAGUGAUUCUUACACAGGAUUACCCUUAUAUGCGGGUGUUAAUAAACAAAGAAGGCCAGGGUCUCCAAGGCUUGAAGCUCCAAGAAUCCCAACUCGAAGUUACAGCCCUGAUUUAUUGGAGGAACCUCAACAUGAAGAUAUAUUCGCUUAUUCUGACAAUGAUUUCUCACUACCAACUUCUGGUAAUACUUCCCCUCGAGUUAUUCAAGACAUACCAAAUCAAGCAGCAUCAGCUAAGCUAGUACAAGACUUGCAGAAGAUACGAAACAGAGUUGCAAAGUUCUAUAGAAGAAUACUCGAUCCACAACAAAACCCAACAGCAUUAGUUGACCUAAGGACUUUUCUCGGAUUGUCAGAGAUAUCAACUGUAGAUUCCAUAAUAGAAGGUGUACAUGCUUCACUUACUGCUGAGGCUUUGUCUUGCAAAGAUGAAUCAACUAAAGAGAUUUAUAUUGUUGACUUUUGCAAUUUCAAAGACAAAUCAGACCUGCGGCGACAAUUGAUUGACAUGUUUGCAAAACCUGGACCUCCUUCAGUGUCUUACCAAGACGUGGAUGCAAAGAUGAAUGCCGUGAUAACAGAGUUUAGUGCAUUGGUGGAAGAACUAAGAGCCACCAGGAAUGAAGCAAUUAAAAGUCCUGCACAUGCAAGGGCACUAAUGCAAGGUUCAGGACAUGAAUGCGAGGGAUUGGUCCGAACGCUAAAAGAUAAUAAGCUGUGGAUAAGAUGGGGUACACCUACUUAUCUACCCCCAUUGUCACAUCUAUACAUGCAUAAACAUCCACCCUCCUAUGAGACAAGAAAGGCUGUGACAAUCUCGUACAUAGCAGAAAGAAAACGUUCGGUGCCAGAGUUAGUAGGUUCAGUUUCCAGUGUUGAGAGUUUGUGUCCUCCAAUAUAUGGAAGGGUGAAGUGUGAAGGUUCAAAUGAAAUCAAAUGGCAGGUGACUGAGUUUAAUGAGGCGAGUCACAAGUUUGAGAACCGAGAAUGUAGUUUACCUUCCUGGUUAGAAGACGACAACCCUGCAAGAGCUGUUCUUAAUUCAUCUAACAGAUCUUCAUUUUCAAUUGGAGCUCACCCCUACUCACUGUAUACUGUGUAUUUGGUUGUAAUUAAAGAUUUUACAAUAAAUGAAGAUGCAAAGCUUUAUAGAAGCAGAACUGGCAAAGAUAACUGGGCUACUCCUUCUAAAUAUCAGUUUUACAUUGGAACCUCCAGCACUGGUGUAAUGUUUAAACUUGUCCGGGGUUCCGACUCUCAUUGCGAACGAACUCGAAACGUGUUGCAAGAUGUGGCAGAGUUACGACAUUUCCGCUGCUAUGAAGGUUGUGACUUAAUAGAGGCAAAUUUAGCUCUGUCUUGGAUUCGGCAGCAGCCGAGAGCUGUUUUUGUUCUCAAUUCUUUUCUUGCUCAAAAUAUGUCCAACUGGUCCUUGCAAAAGAAGAAACCGUUCCAUGAGAGAAUGCUAUCUCUUGCUAGCCAUUUAGCAGAGGGUAAAAAACUGGGUGGAGACUUGUAUGAUAUGCGGUAUGGUAUGAAUGGGACUUCUACUAUUCAAAAUGACGAAUGGUAGUUUACUCUGUACAUAACAUAUCAAUGACAACACAAAACUGAGCAUGUUAGACAAUGUAAAAUAUUUUGCUCCUACUACUUCCAGGCAUUAUGUGUUUUACUUUUUAUGCAACUAAUUUUCUCGCACAAUAAAGUUUAUUGUGCUGUCAUGCGGAGAAACAUAAGUUUUCAAAUAAAAUCGAUAAAAUUUAUUGUGCCAGAAGAUCAGUUAUAUAAAGAAUGUCAAAUAUUUCAAUGAUCUAAGUGGUGCAACCAUUUUAGGCAACUUUAAGGCUUUGUAAAUAUGAGUGACAACUCUAAGUAUCACUUUAAGCGCAUAUACCUGUUUUAACAAGUGCUUCUUAAACUUUUCUAUUAUGUUUUGCAUGGCAAUCACUUUCACAUUUUUUUACAACUCACAAGACAUCUUAAAUCCAAAAACAAUUAUAACAACUAAAAUUUUCACCUAAAACUUAACCAUACAUAAUAUUGUCAAAUGGUACAACACUAUACAGUAUGAAAGAGCUUUAAUCUUGUACCAUUUAAACUGCUUUAAACAACACCUAUGAGACCACAUUUAUGAAUUAUGACCACUGCUCUAAGUCUUGGACUAUCAAUUUGAUUACAGCAGUUACUUUUUACACUAUUAUACAUUUGUUGGUGUAUGUUUUCCACCCUACUCUAUCUGUUGUCAAAAUCAUCCCAAAUUAAGUUCCAUCAAUAAUAAACACUGCUUAUAAAU